AUGGAAUCCUGUCCUGAAUUUUUAAAAGUUAGCGUUUUUUUUAAAAGAACUUCUGCUUCAAAUUGGGAUAAUUAUGACCUUUACUUCUCAAAAGCAAAAAGGCCGUGUCAAGCUUCUUUUAUACGAGAUCUGUUGUUAAUAGCGAAUAGUCAAGAUAUUUCUUUUUCUCUACGUAAAAGGGCGUAUGAUAUAGUUGAAGCUGUCAAAACUCGUAAAAGAAGCCAUUUUCUGAAUGUGCAGGAGACCUAUCAAUAUAAUCAGGAACGAAAGCGGCUUCGGAUUAACAAUUCAUUAAAAGUGGAAUACGCUAUUAAUAAAAUGAUGACGAAAUCCGUUGCAGAAACGGUUUCGGUUCACAAGAAAAGUCCAGAAUCUGAAGACAACGAUGAUAGGGAAUAUAUAAGAAUUCAACAUUUAUAUAUCGGUCCGAAUUAUUCAAAGGUAUUAACUGGAAUUCAGGAUGCGCGUCAAAACUCUUGUCCAUUUACAAACAUGUUAUGCUGGGGGGUUGUGGAUUUCCGUCCAAUUAACGUUGGUCCUUGCCCAUACUUUCCACGGGCUAACCAAUUUUUUCAUGACAGUGAAAUUCAGAAAUUUCAAGAAUUGGCUACAAAUGUUAUAAAGGAAGAAUCACACCUUAAUACCUCAGUUAAAGCCUUUAUUGAGAUUUUCCUGCUUUCAAGCGUCUUCAGUCUCCAUGAACUUUCCAAGUGCAAGCGUUCAAAUGGGGUUGCUGGCGUCUUGUCCUUAAUUUGCGGUCGAAAUCAGGAAAAUGAGGUAAUGCAAUUUAUCAUAAAAGCUCUCUGUAUAUCUGAUGUUACUGCUGUCCAAGAACUAUGUAGUCAACUAAAUAAGUUUCAGAAAUCCAUUCAUUGUCCAGAUUUAAAUCUCGUAAAACAAGUCGAUAUCAACGAUACUGAUACCCAAUAUAUCACAGAAUGCUUAGAUGUUACUUACGCUUGGAUACAUAAUUACGGGGGAAAAAGUGAAUCGGAACGCACAAUUGAUGUUCAUCUUGUUGCUCCAUUUGCAAGGGCACCAAAUUCAUUAUUUUUGUACGGAGAAAAUCACUCAGAAGCAGACAAAUUGGAUAAAUCCGAGCGUUCAGAAACGUCACGAUCUGGAAAACCAUGUGACUUCAUUUUCAUUAAACAUAACUAUGAAGCUGGUAUCGGUGAAAAUUCUGGUCCUCUAUGUAAAGACAAUCAUAACAAGGGAAUGACUAAUUUUGUCGAUGUUGUGAAAGUUGCACGUGCCCAACACAUAGCACUAAAAUUAAAAUGUGUUGAAAAAUGUGGAUGCAAUCCAUUGCCACAAGAUAUCCAGGAAGCUCUUAACAUUUAUGGCUUAUUCGAAUGGGCCACACAAGAUUUUCCUCAAAUGGACAAUGACAUUGUCAAUACUGUUUUUCUUGCAAAGAGAUUUCUCAUACAUAGGAAUUUUCUCAAUCGUGUUGGACGGUUAGGAGAAUUGGCUGUGAGAAAGGCAACGAUUGCUGGGGAAACGAUGGAGUUAACACCAGGAAAAGAGACGGUGUUGGAAAAAUUUGUAACACCUAAAUCAAAAAGGGAACUAUUGUCUGAGAAACCUCGUUCUCAGUCACCUACACCAAUAUAUCCAAUGAGAGAGAAGAUUGGUAUAAAUUUAGAACAGUGGGUUUUGGAGAAUGAUAUGUUUUCAAGUGAAACUUAA